AUGCGCGCCACAGUGGACGGCACUGCAGAAGCAGGCGAGUUCGCGAGUAUAUCGAUUUUACGAUCGUGUCUCUCGCCGCUAGUGCGUCCGUUUCCUUUAGUUUUUAGUGGUCGUGCUCGUCGUACAUGGAGAAAAUUGUGAAUGGGAUUAGUCGCUAGUCGUUUCGCUUCGUACAUCCGCUGACUCGCAACAGUUCGUCAACCUCGCCAUGACCAAGGAUAGAUUAGCAGCCCUCGUCGCGGCCCAGUCGGACGAUGAUGACGUGGCGGACGACGUAUCCGUCAACGUUGGGGGUCAAGAUGAUUUCAUGACGGAAUUCUUCGCGGAGGUGGAGGAGAUCCGUGAAAUGAUAGACAGGAUUCAGACGAACGUCGAAGAUGUCAAGAAAAAACACAGUGCCAUCUUGUCGGCGCCACAGACCGACGAAAAGGUUAAAAUGGAAUUGGAAGACCUCAUGUCGGAUAUUAAGAAGACAGCCAACAAAGUCAGGGCCAAGUUGAAGGUGAUAGAGCAAAAUAUCGAGCAGGAGGAGCACACGAACAAAUCCUCGGCGGACUUGAGGAUACGCAAGACACAGCACUCGACGCUGUCUAGAAAGUUCGUCGAGGUAAUGACGGAGUACAAUCGGACGCAAACCGAUUACAGAGAACGAUGCAAGGGAAGGAUACAGCGACAGUUGGAAAUCACGGGAAGGACGACUACCAACGAGGAGCUCGAGGAAAUGUUGGAACAGGGGAAUCCGGCUGUGUUCACGCAAGGGAUCAUCAUGGAAACGCAACAAGCGAAACAAACCCUUGCCGACAUCGAAGCCCGCCACGCCGACAUCAUUAAACUGGAGAACUCGAUCAGAGAACUCCACGAUAUGUUCAUGGACAUGGCCAUGCUGGUGGAAAGUCAGGGCGAGAUGAUAGAUCGCAUAGAGUACCACGUGGAGCACGCGGUCGACUACGUGCAGACUGCGACGCAGGAUACCAAAAAAGCACUCAAGUAUCAAAGCAAAGCCCGACGGAAGAAGAUCAUGAUCAUGAUAUGCCUCGCCAUACUCGUCGUCGUUGUGGCCACCACCGUCGGUGGAUACUUUGGACUGUGAACGUCGCAACCAGAACAGUCCGAAGGCGCCGCCGUCGUGCGUAGAAGCGCGAGCGUGAACCACCGGCAGCGUCUCAAGCCAGACGAAGCGGACCGAAACACGGGACACCUCUUCGACGCCGUUCCUGAAUCGAACCGUCGCCGUGGACCGCGCGGUCGGCGUCGGAAGCGUCGACCGUCCCGUCGACGGCUGUCGCUUCUCGUUUCUCCCUCGAUCGUCGUCGUCCGGUCUCGCGAACCGACGCGCGCGUCGCGACCGCCGAACGCCGGGACGAGAAGAGCGGACCGCGAACCAUCGUCAUCGCCUUCGCUGCCAGCGUCAUCUCUAUCGCCAUCUCUGUCGCCAUCCUCAUCGACGUCGUCCGUCGUAGCUGCGCCGAAAGCGAUUCCGUCUCGUUCGAUCUCCAGCGAAUCCCCAACGCGACAGCGAGUAGCAUCGUCAGUUUCAUUCCGUUCCGCGAUCGUCGAUACUCCGGUGGACGGAGUGUCCCGUCCACCUAGACCGCUAGUCGUUCCUUUCCCUGUUACGCAUCGUCGACGGAUUCGGCUGGAACCGACGCAGAUGCGACACGACGCACCGCCGCGACGGGGGAGGACCGCCCUCGAACCGUGUCCCCUCGGUCGGCCGCUCGAUCGUCGUUCUCUCGCGGUCGCGCGGAAGCGACUCCGCCGAGGUCGCCCGGCCUAUCGACGCGGAUCGAACGGCGGUCGAAGCGACUGCUCGUGUCCGAGUCGCGAGCCGUCACGCGGCGAUCCGAUCGUCUCGAACCCGCGGCUCGACGCGUUUCGUAUCGCGACCGAUUCGGGAUUCCGCGUUCUGUCAUUCUAUCUUUCUAUCUUUCUCUUGUUCUAUUAUUCCCUUUCUCUCUUUGUCUCUUUCCGUGUUUCCCCUGUCCCGACUCCUGUUCCCUCCUUCCGUGUUUCUCUCGUUCUCCGUUUCCAUUCGAGCUAUCCGAGUCCAUACUCUCCGAAAUUAAAACUGUAAUCGAGCUUGGAAAUUAGCGUUUUGCGAUCCUGAGGAUUCCGGACGGGCGUCGGUGUAGUCGACGGAUUCGCGUGCGUACGCUACACGUCGUACGAUUCGAAGCGUACAACGUCGGUCCCGAUCGUUCGGGGGAUUCGCGGCGGCGCGUCCGCGCGGAUAGGCUUCUUUCGGGAAUUUCGGAACCACCGGGACGACCAAUUUUCAAUCGCUUCGCAGUGUUAACGUUUCGAUCCUCCUUCGAGGUCUGGAACGCGACGGAGCUUCGUCGGUUCGCCGCGGCGCGGGACGUUGCCCAGACUUUCUUCUCCGCGUCGUGUAUCUAGCAUGGAUAUUGAUAACGGCGUUUCAAUUCCCUGGCUGUCCAGCGCGUUUCUCGAGGAUGCGCCGAGUGGUUCGACGCUACGACGAUGCAAAAAGACAACGACGACGACGACGAUCCACGACGAGGACAAGGACCGUUGGAACGUCGAAUAGACGAACCGUUUGUUUCGGUCGCUUCAGAAUUUCGACGGAAACCGUUUCGCUGAUCGUAAAAGGAAUUCGUUGGAAGUCGAGAUCGGUGUCUCGACGAGGUUACACGUAUUCUCUUCGAAACGAUCGCGGACCGGUUUCUCGCCGCGAACGAGAGAGAUACCGGAAGAGGAUAACGAACGCGACGCGGCUCGAAAUCGAACGCGCGAAGAGGUAAAGGGUGGGGGGAGGGGGGGGGCGGUGUCUAUAAAGCUGCAGCAAUAAUAUAAUAUAGGUGUUAUGGGGAAAUAAUUAACGGUAAUGCAAACGUCGACGAUUAAUAUCUGGGUCGUACCGAUAUACCGUGCGUACGCGAAUGAAAAAUGUAUACAUACGAAUGUAAGUACACACGAUACGCGUAUAUAUAUACGUAUACGUUCCCGCGACGGUGAUAUCGUCUGCGCGGCGGACGUAUACGUGUAUACAUGUACAUAUCGGAUAUACGUAUAUACAUGUAGAGAUAUACGUAUGGAUAUGUACGCAUACACAUAUAUCUAUACAAGGUACUUCCAAAGUACCAUCCGACACGCAUGUAAAACACCGUGUGACACGAGCGAAGGGGGAAACAAC